UUCAUUGCCUUUUUUGCCCUUCCCUGUUUCUCAGCUGUCCCCAGCCUUCUCAUGCCUUUGUCUGUGGGCUCCUACAAGCAAAGACGUUCCUUCCCAUGUCCCUGCCUGAUCUCAGUGCCCCCCCCAUUGACCCUAAGGGCACCCCAUCCCACUCACCCUAGGCCCCUCCUUAUUGCUCAGGUCCUGCCACCCAAUCACAUCCUUUCAGCCUGGGCUCCACUCCUCCCCUGCCUGAGUCUUAAAACUCCGCCUGCAGCAGGUACCUUAGAGGCCCCGGUGGCACUGCAGAGUCUACGCUGCCCAGCCAGAACCAGCACCAACCAAGAGAAAGGACAGAGCUCUCCCUGGUCGGACAGCAGAUUGGAGGGUCCAGAAGGGUCUUGUGGAUUUUGAACAUAACCUUAAGGUGUUGAUGAGUGACAGGUCUCCAAGAAGACACAAGUCACCUAGCCAAGAAGGACCCAGAGACCAGCUUGUAUUCAGUGAGUAUCGAACACCGGGAGGCCCACGGAUGUGAGGACCUCCUAGCCCAAAGACAGCACCAAGACCCCCAACUUGCGCAUCUCACCCCUGCUUCGAGUCAACCAGGCUGCCUAGGGCUGAGAUCUAACCCAGAAGCAGAUGGCUUCAACUGGCCUUGAACUCCUGGGCAUGACCCUGGCGGUGCUGGGCUGGCUGGGGACCCUGGUGUCCUGUGCCCUACCCCUGUGGAAGGUGACUGCCUUCAUCGGCAACAGCAUCGUGGUGGCCCAGGUUGUGUGGGAAGGGCUGUGGAUGUCCUGCGUGGUGCAGAGCACUGGCCAGAUGCAGUGCAAGGUAUACGAUUCUCUCUUGGCUCUGCCCCAGGACUUGCAGGCUGCAAGAGCCCUCUGCGUGGUCGCCCUCUUGCUGGCUCUGCUUGGCCUGUUGGUGGCCAUUACAGGUGCCCAGUGCACUACUUGCGUGGAGGAUGAAGGUGCCAAGGCCCGAAUUGUGCUCACCGCAGGAGUCAUUCUCCUCCUGGCGGGCAUCCUGGUGCUCAUCCCUGUGUGCUGGACAGCCCAUGCCAUCAUCCAGGAUUUCUACAACCCACUGGUGGCUGAGGCCCUCAAGCGGGAGCUGGGGGCCUCCCUCUACCUGGGCUGGGCGGCAGCGGCCCUACUUAUGCUGGGUGGGGGGCUCCUGUGCUGCACAUGCCCCCCACCCCAGAUUGAACGGCCCCGCGGACCUCGGCUGGGAUACUCCAUUCCCUCCCGCUCAGGUGCCUCAGGGCUGGACAAGAGGGACUACGUGUGA